GUCUGAGGAUCACACACUGUAGGUGAUUACAAUAACACAGAAUAUUACGCCUGCUUUUAGUAGCAGCAGAAGUUGUAUUGUUACUUGGGUACUUUCAACAGUUUAGUUAAUUAUAGUUUUCCUAGAAAAAAAUAUAAUGCACUAAAAAGUAAAUCAUAUAUACUACAGUACCAACUUUUCACAUUUUCUGAAGGCUGUCAGGAAAUCUAACCACCGAUCAGAACCUCUGGUAAGUGACAACAGAUUGAACAAAUAAUUUUUUUUUAUGGACAAGAAAGUGAGCUCAUUAAGAUAGCAGUCACUUUCUUACAGCCCCUGCAUUAAUCUGACAGUGUGAUAUGCUCCAUGCAUGUUUGACCAUGCUGACAAAUGGCCAAACAGCCCAAGGUCAUUAGGGACGCUGUAACUUUUGCAGACCUGUGCCUCAAGGGUCAUAUUGAAAAACACAAAAUUCAUCUUGUGCAAUCAUGAAAUCACCGCUCCAAGUAAUGAUCAGUACUACUUUAAAAGUUAGGAAACAUGUACCACAGGGUUUAGAAAGGGCCUUAAUGUUUUAUUUGUUGUGUAAUGUUUUAUGUUUUUAUAUGGAAUUACACUUAAAAUACACAAUAUGUAAGUCUCAUCUACUGUAGUACUAAAUAUAUAAGCCCAUAAUUAAAUAUUAGUAAUGAGCUACAAAACAUGAAAUACUUCAGAACGUCCAUCUAUAUAAAUGGGCCAAGUGACUCAUUUAAAACUCAGUUUAUCAGUCUUUUUGAUGCCUGCCAGUGUUUAUUUCUUACUUAAUAGGCUUAUUACCAUUUCUUUUAGAGAUGUAGUGUUUCAGGGUCCUGUAUAGCUGAAUGUGUUUAUCAAAAUGCUUCAGCUGUGUAGACAAUCAAAAUUAAAUAUGUAAAAUUAACCCAGGAACUAAUUUAGCUCUGAUUUAGGAGUCAGGAAAUAAUGAUAGGGUGACUAUCUGAUACUAACCUAUCUGAUAUAUAUUGAAAUGAGUAAGAGGAAUGUACUAUUAUCACAAUUGACAGUGUUUACUUAACUAUGGUACCUCAGUGACUAGCACUGUAGCCUUACACCAAUAUUUCCCAAGCUGGUCCUCGGGGACCCCCAGACAGUCUACAUUUUUGCUCCCUCCCAGCUCCCCACCGGGUUCCCUACCAACUCUACCGGGAGCUAGAAGGGAGCAAAAAUGUGGACUGUCUGAGGAUCUCCAAGGGCCGGGUUGAGAAUCACUGUUUUAUACCUCUGAGAUUGAAGGUUCUCAUCCCUGUGGGUGGAGUGUUUGUAUGAAUUAUGUGGGUUUCCUCCCAAGGUUCAAAGCCAUGCAGUUGGGUUAUUGGAUUGGGAUCCUUUCCAGGAUAUACCCUUGUCAGGUGACCCUGUCACUGACUUAAAUAUAUGCACACUGGUCUUUCAGCCAAACCCCUCCCACUGAAAGAGCCUCUUGGCUUUAAAUGCUGCCCAUGAAUAAUUUGUAUACUGGACUGAAAACAAUGCUAGAGCUGGAACUUUCUCUUUGUUAUGUAGCCAAGCCUUUGACAGCAUGAAUGUGUGUUGAUUUUUUUUUUUGUCUUCUGCUACCCAUUGAUAGCAUGGAAGCAGUAAAAAUGUAUCUAGGCUGCCCAGGGACUAGAGUCAGAUCCUAUAGCUUUCAAUAUUCAGAAAUUGCUGUUACUUCAGCAGAAUUUCUGAUAAACCAAAACUGAUGUCUGUAGUUCCCUAAUCCCUUUUUUGUGCUCAGGCAUUGAAUAUUGAUUCAUACAAUCCAUCCACCUAUCCUUCAGCCAUUUGUUCAGAUUGGGGUCAUGCUUAGAGCUGCCACCUGUCCCGUAUUGUACAGGAUCUGCCCUUAUCGAUAAGUAAAAUGUCUGUCCUGUUUUGAACCAAAACAGGAUACAAUUUGUCCCGAACUGAAAUACAGUUUACUGUGCGAUCAAUCCCCCCUCCCAUCAAAAUUUCAUUGUCAGGCACCCGGAGAUGGGGGGUGGCAGUGUUUCUUAUUUAUUCAGAUUUUGAAAGUGGCAGGUUUACUUGCGGGAUCCAGAAGCUAAUCCCAGGCAGCAUAGGGCACAAGGCUGGGGUACACCCUGGGCAGGAUGCCAGUCUGUCACAGGGCACAAGGCUGGGGUACACCCAGGGUGGGAUGCUAGUCCAUCACGGGGCACAAGGCUGGGGUACACCCUGGGUGGGAUUCCAGUCUGUCACAGGGCACAAGGCUGGGGUACACCCUGAGUAGGAUGCCAGUCCAUUGCAGAGCACAAGGCUGGGGUACACUCUGGGCAGGAUGCCAGUCCAUCACAGGGCACAAGGCUGGGGUUCACUCUGGGCAGGAUGCCAGUUUAUUGCAGAGCACAAGGCUGGGGUACACCCUGGGCAGGAUGCCAGUCCGUCACAGGGCACAAGGCUGGGGUACACCCUGGGCAGGAUGCCAGUCCAUUGCAGAGCACAAGGCUGGGGUACACCCUGGGCAGGAUGCCAGUCCGUCACAGGGCACAAGGCUGGGGUACACCCUGGGCAGGAUGCCAGUCCAUUGCAGAGCACAAGGCUGGGGUACACCCUGAGUAGGAUGCCAGUCCAUUGCAGAGCACAAGGCUGGGGUACACUCUGGGCAGGAUGCCAGUCCAUCACAGGGCACAAGGCUGGGGUACACCCUGGGUAGGAUGCCAGUCCAUUGCAGAGCACAAGGCUGGGGGACACCCUGAGUAGGAUGCCAGUCCAUUGCAGAGCACAAGGCUGGGGUACACUCUGGGCAGGAUGCCAGUCCAUCACAGGGCACAAGGCUGGGGUACACCCAGGGCAGGAUGCCAGUCCGUCACAGGACACAAGGUUGGGGUACACCCUGGGCGGGAUGCCAGUCCGUAACAGGGCACAAGGCUGGGGUACACCCAGGGCGGGAUGCCAGUCCAUCACAGGGCACAAGGCUGGGGUACACCCUGGGUGGGAUUCCAGUCUGUCACAGGGCACAAGGCUGGGGUACACCCUGGGCAGGAUGCCAGUCUGUCACAGGGCACAAGGCUGGGGUACACCCAGGGCGGGAUGCCAGUGCGUCACAGGGCACAAGGCUGGGGUACACCCUAGGCAGGGUGCCAGUCCAUUGCAGAGCACACACUGACACAAUAUCAAGGAUAUACACAAACUGAACAAUCCUUAUCUGUGCUUGAAGCGAUGAAGAGUCACUUUGGACAUUGUGAGUGACCCCGUCCAACCAUUACGAAGCUGUAACCUUUGGAUUUUAGCCACCUUCCUUUCCCCCUCCAUCUGUCACAGACUGGGAUUUCUCACCUUCGCUUCCUCUGUUUCUUAUCUCAUCCGAGGUUGUUUACUUUUGCCCAAAUGGGCUAUAAAAACAACAACUAAAAUAUCAGACAGGUCUUUUCCUACAAGAGAAAUGUCUGGUUUUACUCCAGCAAAUCAAGAAAAGCAUAUUCCAUUUACUUAAUGUUUAUAACAUUUUGCAUAUGAUUUUGCUAGAUAUGAAUAAUAUAGUGUUUUAAGGUCUGAUAUGAAGGGCAUAACCUUUGGUUGAGCACUGAGGGGGUUGAGGUCUCCAUCUAUUUAAGGGGGUCCGGGGGGUUGUAUUGGCUGAUUUGAUUAUUGGGGGGGUUACACCCCCCCCCCCCAUCCCCUGCAUAAUUAACACCCAUACUUGACAUCCGUUAGAUCAAACUUUUUACAUGCACUUGGACACAGUACUCCAAGGUAAAAACAUGGUAAAAACAAAGUCAUAACACCACAAUUGGGCAAGUGUAUUCAACCCCGCAUUAUAUUGUAAUUAGAUUUUAUCAAUCAAAUUCAGUAUCAUGUGCAAAGCUCAACAUGACUUUACAGAUUAAACUGAUCAAGUGAUUAAAGAGAUAUAAUUCUUUGUAGAUCAAUAAAAAUUAACUACUGUAGGAUUUCCCUGGAACAACCUUUGCUGCAGAGUACAUUCCUGUGUGCAAAGACAACCAUUGGCAUAACACUAAUAAGAUUAUCUUCAUGACCUUAUGGUUAAGAGAUUAAUAGUUAUUAAUCUGGUGAGGCAUAACAUUUUCGAAAAGCUUAAAUAUGCUGUAAAUUACAGUAAAGACCAUUGCAGAGAAGCAGAGGUAAUAUGGCACCAGAAAAACCUAGCUGAAAGACCAUCUCACCAAAAUGAAUGACUAUCCAAGCAAGAAGCUCAUCAUGGAAACUGCAGCAACUUAACAUGCAGGAAAUGUCAAAAGAGUGUGGAGUCUUUGCUAUAAAGUCCUGCAGCUCCUUUUCACAUGUGAGCUGUGCAGCAGAGUAAGAGGAGGACAGUGAUUUCUCACAAAAAGAACAUUCAGUCCUGUCUUAAUUAUGCAAGAAAACUAACUCUGCUCCUUCAAACAAUUUGAAGAAAAUAUUGUCUGGUCUCUGGAGACCAUUUCUUAAAAUCCUCAUUCCAAAGGAUAUGUCUGAUACAAAACCAGCAAGACAGGCUCAAAGGGGGACACCCUAGCUGGGAUGCCAGUCCAUCGCAGGGCACAAGGCUGGGGUACACUGUUUUGUUUCUAAAGUAAAAAGUGCUUCUGCUACAAAUGAAUUAAAGUAUGCAGAUUUGUAAAAAUACAGGGUCAAAAGUGUUUUAUCAAUAACAUAUUGUUUGAUUAAAUAUUAACAGUAACAAUGACGGAAAAAUUCUCAAUUUCAAAAUGACUAUGUAGAUUUUUGAGAUCCACUCACAUUCCUUUCCUUUGUAGAGGAUUCAGUCAACAUACAUAUGGCCCCUAAAAGGCAGCACGUGUGAUCUGAUGUUCUUCAUUCCUUCAGUGUCAUUGUACAAGUGUCUGUAAGGCUGUUUACAUAAGAGUAAACUGCUACUAUUGCACCCUUCCACCUGCAUACUUACCCCAUACCUCCUACUGGGAAGGCAGAGGGCACAGAAACACAGUAAGUCUGGCAUACUUUAAGUGGUAGGCAGGGCGGAGUGGUGGAGGAAGGUUGUUAUCCAAAUUAGUUUUUUAAUAACAGUAGGAAUGACACAAAAUGAAAGUGAAGAACUUUCAGUUUCUCAAAUUGUCCAGGGGAAGUGUAUUUGUUUGUAUUUGGUUCUAAACUAAUGUUGAAUUGUCUUGAUGAUACAGAGUGACAUUAUGACCUUAGAGAAGACUGACUAAACGUCAGAAUCAGAAAAUUUAACAUUUUCCAAGGGAAGCUGUAUAUGUGCACAAUUACAUUUAAUACAUUUUAUUUUAUUUGGUCAUGAUGCUUCCUUAUAAAGGGACAGUUGUUAAAUGUGGCCAUGUUUGUUUACGUAGCUGUGAAGAGAAAUGAGGGGCAGGGGGCUGCAGGUUGGUGUGAGGCAGAGUGGAUGGAAGUGUGAAGGUAUUACCAUUUGGUUAACGUGCGAAGACCGACCCACGUAUAAAAAGCAAGGACACUGAGAAAAGGGCAUUUAUGCGAAGAGCAAGGAAAAGGACAGACGAACAGCGUGAGAACAUUUACAAAACAGGGAUUUUAAAAGCCACAAAACUGAAGGAGUCUUUAAUAAAGUACCUACAUGAAAGACAAUCUGCAUUGAGGCAAAAAACAAAAUACUGUGAGAUUAAGAGAGAGGAACGCAAGCUGCACAAGGAGGCACUGAAAGGGCAGGAGAAGAGGAACCUGGGAUGUUGGGGGUGGAAGUGUAUCCGAGUUUGGCCAUGGGGCCUCAAAGACUGACAGACUGCUGCUACAGAGGUGAGUGCCAACAAGGCGGCAGAGCAAGGGAGACUGUGGUCACUUCGGUGUGUUACCUGUGUUGGUACAGAAACCUAUCCCUCUUUCAGAACUGCGUUUCCAGUGCUUUGCUGACUUAUUCAAUUAUUAUCCAGUUUGGAGGACUUAAUUGCAGUUAUUUCCUUUGCAAUACUGCUUAGCACUUGGGGGUGGCUCAUUGGGUUAGGACACUGUACCAGUGAUCUGAGCGUCCAGUGGUCAGCAGACUCAUUUCACCACUGGGGUCUUGUGCAAGGCCCUUAACCCCCUAGUUGUUGCAAGGAUUGUCCUACUCUGCUUUCUGAAAUGUAUCUUGCUGUGGAUAAAAGCAUCCGUUAAAUGAAUACUUGUGAAAACUAGCAUAGAAAUAUAUAACGUAAUGAAAACUUCUCAUUUCUUUUUAAAUGUACGCCUUGUGAAAUGUGUAUUUGAGGUGUAGCUGUUGUGUAACGCAGCACAAUCACUGUGUGGGUACUGGCACUGAUCGGUGCCUCUCAUUCUGGACUGCAGAUCGGGAAACACCAUCGCACCUGCCGCUCUUCUCCACCACGUGUGAGAUGGCAGUCAGAGCUGCGCCCCAACGCAUGCUCGCUCCACCCGUUCCCAGCGAGCCGAAUGUUCCCCCAGCUCAGAGUGAAGCUCUCUGGGCUGAACCCCUCUCUGCGCUACAUUCUGUUACUGGAAGUCAUCCCGGCGGAUGCGUCAAGAUACCGUUUCCAGGGAGAUUCCUGGCAGGCCGUGGGUGGAGCGGAGGCCCGCCUACCCGAUCGUGUGUUCAUCCACCCGGACUCCCCCGCCACAGGCGCACACUGGCAGAGCCGGACCAUCUCCUUCCACCGUGCCAAGCUGACCAACAACACACUGGACACACGGGGACAUAUCAUCCUGCACUCUCUCCAUCGCUAUCAGCCGCGCCUGCAUGUGAUCGAAGCCAGAGAUGUACUUAUGUGGGGAGGGGGUCGCCAUUCCUUUGUUUUCCCCGAGACCCAAUUCUUCACUGUCACAGCCUACCAAAACAGCAAGAUAACUGAACUGAAGAUUAAUUCCAAUCCUUUUGCAAAGGGAUUCAGAGAGAACGGAAUGAACAACAAAAGACAAAGGGAAGCCAGGCUAAAGAGGAAAAUAAGCUGCCAAACAAACCAACAAUCAGAACCAUUAGACGUGGUGUCUUGUGAUCCAUGUGAUUCCACUGAGCUUCUGCCUCAGUCAACAACAGACUGCCAGGAGCUUGACUUGGAAGACCUCCCGAUCCCCAACCCUGUCUGUGGCUAUGGCUCAAACGCCCGCGCCUUCCAAGAGGCACCUGUCGCAGGCGAGCCCCUGGACCUCGACCAGGCAUACCUCACACCUACGAUUGCCGAGAUCACAGCUCCCAUCGAAAGUGUGCAAACGACACCCAGCGCGGAUAAUGAUGGCCUAAUUGACAACUCUGCCCAGAUGAUUCUCCCUUCAUACACACCGGCAUUUCCCACCGCCUCUUCCAGCCCCUCCUCUUUCGCUGCUGCAGCACCUCCUCAGUGCCCAGCCUCCUAUCCGCCUGGACCCAGCACUGUGUCUCCCUAUCCGUCUCUUUCUGCAGUCUCAUCUACCUCACAGCCCACUUCUGCCUCUGGAUCACUGUAUCCAUCAGUGUCAUCUUCUACCUAUCCUUCUCUUCUUUCUUCUCCACUUCCUGCUCCUACUUCCUCUCCUUCACUGCCAGACUCUAACUCUAGCUACCACUUGUUAUCUCCAUCCUCCUCAUCACCUCAGCCCCAAGGUCCCCCAUCCAUGCCAUCUUAUCCAGCUCUUACUCAGUCUGAUUCUCCACACCCCCUUAUUAGUCCUCCUCCUCCCUCGACCUAUCCUUCCCUUCAUUCUUCUGUCCCCUCCCUCUCACACCCCUCCAUCCUCAGUUCAAGUCUUCCAUCUUCCAAUGUGCCUUCAGCCCCUAAUGAAAUAAAUUCCGCCCCCACUUCCUGCUCCUUUCCACCGCCUAAUCAUGUUUCUUCCUCACUCCCCAAUCCAGUUGCUCCACCAUCCAUCACCAGCCAGCCUCAUCCCUCUAUCAUCAAUUCCACUAAUUCCUUGGUUCUUAACCAAGCUUCAGCCACUUCCGCAUUUCCCUCAUUUCCUUCCUCUUCCUCUCUCCAUGCUUCUCACCCAAUUCUUGGUUCCUCUGCUGGUUAUGCAUUAACUUCAUCUACAGCUUCCUUUCCCACUCUCCCACCGGCAGCUCCACCCCACCAUGUCCCCUCUGUUCCUAAUCAUCCUCUUCCACCAGCUAGCUACCUUCCCUUUGCCUCCCCUAGUCCAUCCUCCUACCCUCCCUCUGAAAUAGGCCCCUUUUCUCAGUUCAACCCCAGUUCCCCUUAUCUACCAGAAAUGGUUCAUCACCCUCCACUUAUGCCUGCUCUGGAUCCUUCUCUCCCUUCUUGUCUCCCAUCAUCCUCUCCUGCUUCUAAUUCUCUUUAUUCCUCCUUUCCAUCUUACCCAUUGAGAAUGUGUCAGGAUCCACGAUCUUCCUUUGCAAUUCCACUCAGGCACAUAUAUGGACAGCACCGACAUGGACACACACAUGGUCAGGGAGCCUACCUGGACAUUGGAGGGAGGGGUCUGUUAUAAUUGAGUAUUUUUCAAUAGAAAAUAGUAAUUACAUGCAGAAAGAACUUGCAAAUGAAGAUUAUUAACGGGACUAGUUUCUCGUUCUUUGGUUUGUCCUUCUGAAUGGUGAUGAGCGAUAUAAAAAAACAUUAAAAAGUUAAUCUGAGGAUGAGGUUUAUGUAUCACUGGACACAUUAUAAGGUGUCCAAAAGUUUAUGUUAGUCUGCUGAACUGUAUAGGGGCAUGAUAAGAAAAAAUAGUUACAAUAGGAACUUUAGUUUGUUAAGUGUACUUUUUUCUUUCACUUUGUAAUAGCUUGAAUGGCUUGUCAACUGAAAUUUAAAAAUGCAUUUGUAAAUUUAAUAAAUUUUUUCUACUACAUAACUCACUAUAAAUUUUUAAAAUAAAGCAUGUUUGAGUUA